AUGGCUACACAUUCAGUAACUGAGCUUGUGCAGGCAGUGAGGAGACCGAGGUCACUUAGUGAAUCGACAAAUCUUCCCUUUAGAAAGUCUGGAGGUGGCGGUAGGGGAGAGAAGACGGCGCUCUUUCAUGGGGGUUAUUCGGAAAAGUCAAACUCAAAGCCAAGGCUGCCUGAUAAUCCCAUUAUAUUUGCAUCCAACAGCUUCUUAGAGCUAACGGAGUACAGCUGCGAAGAAAUAUUGGGAAGAAAUUGCAGAUUCCUUCAAGGACCUGAGACUGAUCCAGCAACUGUGAAAAAAAUAAGAGAGGCAAUUGACAACCAGACUGACGUGACUGUACAACUCAUCAAUUACACGAAAAGCGGCAAAAAGUUCUGGAAUGUCUUUCAUCUGCAGCUUAUGCGUGAUCAAAAGGGAGAAGUACAGUAUUUUAUUGGAGUACAACUUGAUGGCAGUCAGCACAUUGAGCCUCUGCAUAACUCUAUUCCUGAAGUUACAGUAAAAGAGAGUGAAAAACUGGUCAAAGAGACUGCAGUUAAUGUUGAUGAGGCAGCAAGAGAACUUCCAGAUGCCAAUAUGAAACCAGAAGAUUUAUGGAUGAAUCAUUCGAAGGUCAUUCAUCCAAAGCCUCAUAGACGGGACAGCCCCCCUUGGAGAGCUAUUCAAAAGAUUCUAGACAGUGGAGAACAGAUAAGAUUGAAACAUUUUAAGCCUAUAAAGCCCUUGGGAUCUGGUGACACUACACCAAUUUCGGAAUCAGACAACACAUAUCAGACGACAACAAACAUUUUAACUGUCGUCUGAUUAAAUCAGACGACAGCAAGAAAUAUUAUGUCGUCUAAGUUUUCGAAUCAGACAACAGUUUUUUCUUGGCUCUUGUGCAAUGACAUUUCAGACAAUGGUUGAUUUUUUUGAUGUUGUCUGAAUGAAUUAAUUCAGACAACAGUUAUUAUGUGAUGUUGUCCAAGGUUCAUUUAUACAAUGGUUGAUUUUUGCUGUUGUCUGAUUAUUUUCAAUCACACAACUGUUAUUAGGUGUCUGUUGUCUGAUAUCUUGUAAGUCAAUGGCUGCUAAAAGAUGUUGUCUGAUUUGAGUGGUUCAGACAAUGGUUUUUAAUUUGUCUGUUGUCACAUGAGUUUCAGACAAUGCACCUUAUUUGA